UGAGAAACAAAAACCGAGAACUCGCUCUCGUAGCGGCGGAAUCAAGAUGCGCCAGCCGAGCAUACUGGUCUCGUCCGACGAGGAAGGAAAAACAAGGAAACCACAAGAAGCUAAGGCGGAAAGCGAUCCAGCUAUAGCUAAGGCCACGAACGAAGGCGCAGUUCAGCUUGAGGAUGUGAUUAAGAUGCUGGCGGUGAUUGCUGACAACGUGAAUUUAGAUAUUGUGAACGAUGCAGGGAAAGGCGAGACGUCUGGUACUGCCAAGCUAAGCGCAGUACACAACGAAGCUGCUAUCAUCGAGGAAAAGAGUGAGGACUCAGAAGACGAUGGGGAUAAGUUGAAGGUGAAUAGAGCAGGUGGCACGGGUGGUGGUAAGAACGAAGUCGGGAUAGUCGAGUACAUGCGGCAAAGACUCGACCACUAUAUGGAGAUGAACGAGAGAAAGCUGAAAAGUCUAUGCGUAAAGAGGAAUGUCAAAUGGGAACGCAAGGACAAAGGAGCCUGGGAACUGACGAAACAAGAUACUGACGAAUUCACUAAAUUGAUCAAUGGCGAAGACGGGAUGGAAGCCGACGUGGAAUCCGACUGGGAGCACGAGGAGACUGGAGCUGAACACGCUGGAUUGGAGGACGAAGACUCAAAUGAAGUACCGGGGAACUAGCCCCCUCAAGACGGAGCCUGCUGCGUUCCUUGCGGAGGAUCAGCAAGGCUAUCUCGAGAUAUGACGGUGUCGAGAAGAAAGAUUUAGAACGGGGUUUUUAAGAU